AUGCCAUGGACGAGAGAGAAGGAAUGCGAAGAACUAUGUGCACUAUUUGUAAACAACAGGGACAUUAUAGGACUACAUGUCCAAAUAAUCAAGAUAGAACAAAUGAAGGCCGUAGACAUGGACUAUCACGAGGAUCCCGGGCCAGUUGAUCUAUCAGUUCUAUCAGACCAGGAUAGGCAUCGGUCGAGUUACGUGCAAUCAGAGUGGUACGCGCCAGUUCAGUUUACGGAGCAUGGCCGUAAACUAAACACAUGGACAGUCAAGCAUCCGGGAGUGAUAGAGCACUUACGACAUGCUGGCUUUUUCUGCGUCUCCCGCCUCAGACGAGUACAGCUAGAUCAAGCUCUAUUAGGGGCGUUGAUAGAGCGAUGGAGGCGCGAGACGCAGACAUUCCAUCUACAUCACGGAGAGAUGACAGUUAUGCUACGUGACGUGGCCAUUAUAGCUGGACUACGAGUCUCCGGGGAGCCUGUUAUAGGACGUGUUUCAUUUGAUUUGUUGCAUACAUGUGAGCUCCUUCUUAGGAUACAGCCAAACAAUGUCAUCGCCGACCAGAUCCGCUUGGAGUGGCUGUUUCAGCAUUUCUGGCAUAUUCCUUUGGAUGCUCCGGCGGCCAUGGUUGCAGCAUCUGCACGAAGGCCUAGCUUGGGGCGCAGCUACCUUAGCCCAUCUCUAUCGGGCAUUAGAGAAUGCCUCUAUGAAGGGAAAGGCCGAGUGUUGUGCCUUUGGUGGAACAUGGGAUUGCGAUUUCGUGGAAAUGUCAAGGCGAUUGACAUUGAGUUUUAUCGCGAUAAGCUAGAUCAGUAUAGAGAGUCACAAGUUACAUGGAUGCCCUAUACGGAGGAUGUUUUGAUUGGUCUUCCUGCAUUUUGUCUUGAGGGCUCUACAAUCUGGCGUUCGAGAACUAGUUUGAUAUGUUUUCAUAUUGUCGAGCUACAUUUACCUGAUAGAGUUCUGCGUCAGUUUGGAUUGCUGCAGCAUAUACCGGAGGCCGUAGAAGCUAUACAGAGGAUCACCUCGCAAGGUAAAUCAGGCGAGGACUUGGUAGCAUUUCAUCCUCUAUAUAUUCAGCGUUGGGCAGAUUGUCUGGAGCAUAUUGCGGAGCAGAGUCCUUUCGUCGAUCCAGAUCCGAUACGAGCUAGCUCUGUGUAUGCUAUGCGGCAUGCUGUUAGCAGUAUCGGUCAUUUGAUGGAUGAUCCUCCGGAGCCCACUAGAUUGAUGGAUGCUCUAGCACAUGUGAGAUGGGAUCUCGAGAGUGUGUUAGAGAGCCUUCCGACAUUACCCGUGACAGGGCAUUCGGAUGUUUCUUCUCUGACUUUUGGUGCUUACGAUGAUAUUCCCUCCACCUCCACACCUGCAUAUGAUUUCGGUGAUAUUCCCUCCACCUCCUCGCUUGCAUAUGAUUUCGGUGAUAUUCCCUCCACCUCGAUGCCUGCGUAUGAUUUUCCAUCGACAUACAUCCCAAUUCAUCCAUCUGAUGUCCCUUCGACUUCUGAUGUCCUUUUGGCAUCCAUCCCUCCAUUGAUAUUCCAUCUACGUCAGAGGUUCGUCGCGAUGAUGUUGUAUAUCGACGUAGGCGACGACGACAGGGUCAUAUUGAGAUGCAGGAAGGGAUACCACCAUUAG